ACACAUCCCAUCAGCGACAGUAGCAAGCAAACAAGAAAGGCAACCUGUUGCGUGUGUGACGCCGUGUCGUAUUUUCCUUUAUGCUUAAUUUUUUUUGGUUGGAUUCAUUUUGCUGUUUUCUAAUUUAUUUUCCCGUAAAGCAUUCAAAUUUUAUUGUUUGCGGUCGUAGUUUGUGAUGAUUUCUGUAACGAGUUUUGUCGACACAAUUUUAAGUGAUAGUUUCGGUAUCGAAUUCAAAAAAGACUGAAAACUAACCGAGUGGCUUUGUACAAGCAAAUUCAACUAGCGCUAGAUGAACGUAAUGGCGACGAAGAUGAAGGCAUCGACAGCCGAGUUUCUAUCCGGCGAUGGAAUCGACUUAAACCCACAGAAGAAGUCAACAAGUAUUAGUAGUCAAGAUCAGGAUGAUCUGGAUCUACUUCUAAGUGAAAUCACCGUUCAGUUUGAUGACGAAGUACAAACACUGUACGUUGGCCCCGUGGAAAUUGUUGAUGACGAUGACGAGGGCAAUGGCGAUGACUGCAAUGGACCUACAAAGAAUGUCAACAGAAGCGGUGCCACUGAAUUAGUGGUUCAGAAAAGUGCGACGGAAUGUGUACAAGCAUCUGCGUCGAUGCCCCAAACCGAGUCUGAAAUCGUCACGAAAGAGGUCAUUGGUAUCGGUGAUGACUGCAAUGGGCUUACCAGUAGUGUCGACAAGAACGUAGUCCCUGAAUCAGUUGCUCAGAUCAAUACGACUGAAUACAUUCAAGAAUCCGCAUCGGUGCCGCAGACUGAGGUCGAUGAUGUCACAAAAGCGGAUGCUAGUGCCGAAGAUAGCAAUGAGGAACACUACAAUAAACCUAUUUGCGAGGUCACCAGCAACAGUACCCCUGAACCAGUGGCUCAGACGAUUAUGACAGAAUGCAUUCUAGAAUCCGUACCGUUGCUCCCGACUGAGGACAAUGACGUCACGAAAGAGGACGCCAACUUCGAUCAGCCAGUUGCCACGGAAAAAACAAACCAAGAGUGUGUAGAAAACCAACAACAACAGCAGCAGCAGCUUCCCCCUCCAAUGGAGGUUCAAGAUGCUGUCGUGGGUGGAGAACCGGCGGUGGUGGAUUCAGCAAACGACGACCGUCCCCAUUUGACAGAAGCUGCUGUUGUUAUUGAUCCAAAAAAUGGAGGAGCAUCGCAGACGGUUCCCUGUGCAGAUGUGAAUGAACCAAUCGAUAAAGACGUGCGUGAAACAAGCCCGGAAAAGAGCCCACUGGACACUAUUAACAAUUCGACUCGUGUAACGAGAUCAUCUAGCUCACCCGUCAAGCCAACGGCAGUAAUCUCGCCAAGCACCAAAAGUAAAUCUUUGAGUGAGCAACAGGAGCAGCAAAAGUUAUCACCGGAUCGUACUGGUAAACGGUUUAAGGUGAAAUCUGAGCGUACCGCUGGCCCGACGGCAAUCAAAGAAGAAAUCAAGCAGCUUUCACCUGUGUUGCCACUCUCUGUAGACGAGGAAGCUUGUUUGGAAUCUGAGGACACAUCCGAUGACGAGCAGCCUCUACAAAAAGAGGAGCAAACUUUUGGAAAGUUAGAGCACGAGGUUAUUUUUGAAGCGGAACAACAUCCACAAGAGGAAUAUGAAGAAACUCCGGAAGGAGAAUUGAUCGUACCAGAUGUAGUACCGCCACAACAAGAAAAUGAAGAGCGACUGCUAAACGAAUAUAACGCUCCUUAUAGCAAAGAAACUUCGCCUGCUGGUAGCGACAGUGGCAUUGAAAACGAGGGAACUGAACUGAAUAAAGUUGUAUUACCGGUGACUCGAAAAGACGAGUCCAACGCAGAACUUACAACCGACAACGUUGUAGAAAACAUUCCAGAAUCCACGGCAGAAGCAGAAAGUAGUGCACAGGUUGAACACGAUAAUACUCAAGAAAAGGUGACAGAAAAUGAAAUCAGUCCAAUAAAUGUGAAGAGUGGUAUUCGAAUAAUUAAGUGCGCAAAAUGUGUUAUGUCAUUUAAAAAAGAUCUGUGGUACAAAAAGCAUCUAAUGAAUUACCACGGUAUCGAUUUGAGUAAUAUUGCUCAUUUUCUUUCGAAUUUGCAAACUUUGGAUGAAGGUAUACAGGAUGGGGAUGGACAAGGUGUUGAGGGAGAAUUUGAACAAUUCCAGCUGACAGAUGGUGUCCCCUGUUCAAACGAUAAGACUGAUGGUAAUAAUGAAGAACGAAUGUGUAGCAGUCAGGAACUCGAAGAGCCAGCUGUCAAAAAACUUCGACGGAGCGUCCCUUCAACACCAAGUCCAGCAACCUUACAGAUGUACCCGGAAGUGAAGUUGUCUACUAGCAACGGAAAAACAAAGACAGGACGCCGCCGUAAAGACAAAUUGAUUCCUAGAAACUCCGAUGCGGAUAUGAGAAUCAAACAUGAAUUCCACUCUGGUGCAGUACAGACGGAGGAAUCCGUUAGUGUUACGUCCCAUUCGUCGCAGAUGGAUAAUGUAUACGUUGUAACAUAUCUGGAACAGGCAGCUUUUAUGGCAGGUGGUGGUAGUACUAGUUUACCGGGUGCAAAUAAGGAAAACUCCAAAUCGUCUCAAUUGUUGGAUCCUUUGGCUACGGAUGAUGAUUUCACUCCGUUCGAGCGAGCAAAACUUAUCGAAACUGGUACGGAGGAAAAACGAAUCUAUGCGUGCAGUAUCUGUGGUAUUGAGUUCGAGCAACGGAUGACAGCUCAGGAUCAUGUCAACUACGACCAUAAGGAUGUAAAACGACGCAGUUGUCCUCACUGCGGUCGUACAUUUACACAGACUGGUGAUCUGACGCGACACGUCCGAAUUCAUACCGGUAUCCGACCAUUCAAAUGUCCUGUAGAUGACUGCAAGUACGCGUUCAUUUCGUCUGGCGAUUUGCACAAACAUGUCCGCCGACACAAUCAAUUGCUUAAUCCGAUUCCGAAGCCGCACGUGUGCGCAUCCUGCGGUAAAGACUUUGAACGAGGUUAUGACCUCAAGAGGCACAGCUCCAUGCAUGCCAAGGAUGAUCCAAAUUACCAGGGUUUCAACUGUGAACUCUGUGGCAAAACAUUUGCUCGAAAAGAUCAAUAUCGUGCUCACACAUAUCGCCACAUUGGCUACAAGCCGCACAAAUGCACGCAAUGUUCCAAGAGCUUUUCCGAUGCAAGCAAUUACGCAAAACACCUAAAAGUUCACACAAUGGAUGGAAUGUCACUGCUCUGUCAUUUUUGCGAAAAGCCUUUCAAAAACAAAAUGGCCAUCUCGAAGCACGUAUUUCAUUGCAAAUACAAAGCAGUAAAACGUGAAAUUGUGAAGCAAGAAUCGCCGUUGUAACAACCCAAUCUCAAACGAGCUAUUUGUGUUAAGUACUCAACAUACGGUUUAGCCGAGAACCAUAAAAACAGAUGCAGCAGCAAUAGCAUUGUAAGUGUAUUUCUCUUUUACAAGAGAUUGAUUCCCAGACACCCCCGCCCAAUUAGUUUUAGGAGGCAAAAGAGCUGACUACUUAAUAAUUUCUAGCUACCUACCAUACCCAUUAUUAGUCGGUAAGUAUGGGAAACUCCAAGUUUUCCGUCAUUCAAUUGCUCUUUAUUUCUAGAAUCUAGCCUUUUGCUAAGUAAUAAGUUAAAUUGUAUAGUGUAUGUACAGCUUCUUGGUUCGUUUAGGUUUUUCACCUCAGAGCCAAGAGUGCGCAAUAUUUUUUUUUGUUUUCAAAUAAACGGCAUAUUUAUUAACUACUAAUACGAAGAAAAAAACAAAUAAUAUGAAAUGAUCAGCAAUACAAAUGCGAGUAAACAAGUGGAUAUUGACCGUAGCUGUGGAACAUUGUUACGAGGGAGGGGUUUUCUAGUGGUAGCGGACUUUUACUAUAUGCGCACGAUUUUGUGUAAGUUGAACUCGCUUUCCAAUAAGUUUAAUUAUUAGUGAUUUACGAUUGAAUAAAUAUUAACGUUAAUGGUCUAAUAUUAA